AUGGUAGCAGCUGAGGCUUCCACAGAAACUCACCAAAACUUGGCCUCGAAGAUCUUCUGUUCAUGCUGCAGGUAUUGUGAGGAUACCCAAGCCUCUGAUGACUCUAAGGUUCCCAGUCAAACCCAGGAGAAUCAGCCAUCAACAGUGGAUUUGAAGCUUCAGAAGAGUGAGCUCAACAGACAAAAUUCCAAGCGCAUGAGCACAUCCUUGUCUUUAGGGAAACUCCUGCUCUAUCCACAGAAGAAAUCUUCCUCCAGCAGCACCGAGUUUGAAGAAYUGAAUGCACAAGAUCAACAAAAAGGGUUUUAUAAGAGAAAUCUAAACYGCUACAGCCACGAGCAGUGGCCCUACCAGUCAUGCCUCAUCGGGAGACCCUGA